AUGUUCUACUCGGUACCCUCACCGCAGUCGCCGGCCUUGUUUGAGUUAUGCCUUCUUUGCGCGGUGUGGUCCAGGUUAAAUUCAUGUGCAGGAGUCGCCUUCACUUGAAAACAUCCGUCGAGACCUGCACAUCUAGUUUUGGUGGUUUUGACGCUGUGCGAAUGGCUGAGGCCGUCUCUGCGAUGCACUUUCAGCGCGUAGGCUGUCGUUUUGUACGUUGGUGGUAACGACGUUUGCAGUAGUGCCAACGCGGACCCUCAAGAUAUAUGCGACAAUAUAGGGAAGUUAGUUCUGCAACUGCAGCACGAUGUGGCCCCCGUGGUGUAUACGUCUUCAAAGUGCUGCCACGUUGCUCCAGCUCUGAAGACGUCGAUGCGGAGCGCCAGAUCAAGAAAACGCGCUUGCUGAACCGCAAGCUGACGGCUACGCUGAAACGCCUGCCGUGUGUUCGAAUCUUGAACGCCGAGCAUCGGUUUCUCAAUUUCUCGAAAGAGCCACGACGUGCGCUCUUAGCAAUUGAUGGGUACCAUGUGCACAGAGGCCAAGGGAUCGAUCAGCUGGCCAAAAUCGUCAGUUCUCUUGCCCGUGACUUCGGACCUGGAGUGAAGUCACAUGGACACAGCGAGCUGGGUAUCUGCUACAGGCUGCUGAAGUGCAGCCACUGCAACACAAAAGGCCACGAAGUCCUGCGAGUGCAGCAAAUUCCUUCGCCUACCUUCCCAACAUGAACCAAGACUGCUUUAGAUCAUCUUAAUGUGUAAAGCAGCACACAAAAACAAGACAUGAAAGGAGGAAUACAAUUGAACAGGCCAACCACUGCACUUGCAAUUAGCUUAUUUUGAAGGGAAAAAAAGGAGGGGGUAAUACACAUAUGCACAAGUGCACAACAUUCAAAUUGUUUUUAAGCACCGUUAUGAGCAAAAGUCAUUGUUGCAUGUGGUGCACUUGUGGGUAUGUACUAUAUACAUAUUUUUUAAAAGAAUAAACUAGUGGCAAGUGCAACAGUUGUCCUGUUGAAUCAUAUUAAUCCUCUUGUGUCUUUUUUCUGUGCGCUGCUUUACAUGUUCGGAUGCUCUGUCAUCAAUUCACCCGACUUUCAACCUUACUGAAACUUGGCAAAUGCUGCCUGCCAUGAAACGGCCCUUUUCAGGGCCACCCAUGUGUUGUCCGGCUGGUUGCGAAUGCUCCCAACUGUUACCCAGGUAGCCUCCUUGAAACUUGAGAGGAGUUGUACGGUGCAUGUUGACUCUGCUGGCUGUAUAUUACUUUUGUAUAAUUAAGAUUGUGCCACAGGGUCUUUCAAUUGAAAGUAAUAAUAUAGCAUGACCUUGCAUUAAUUAUCUUUCAUAAAUGCUAAUCACUACUCGAACAAAUCGAGAACGUUUCUGUAUUGCAGCAAAUAAAUGUAGAAAUUGCAUAU